UCAUGACUAUUCUAAUUCCAAUUCAAAUAAAUCCUAAAAAACAUUUUAUUCAGUUUUAACCUUGUGUGCCUGCCGUACCAGAACAGAAGUGGGUGUGGGUAGGUAUUUCUGUGGAUGAACAGUGCAGUCUGAACAAACGGGUGAAGAUCCCAAUGAAUUCUUUGGAUUUCUGGAUCAAGCUCCAAACUUGAACACAACCCAGCUGUUUUCAGAUACCCUUUUGCCUCAAUUAAGUUAAAAACUAUUCCUUUCAGCUCGCAAUUGUUUUCGUGCAAAGAUAAGAAUCUUCGUGAUUAGAGGGUAGGGUGGGAAAAUUGGGAAAAGGGUAGGAGGAUAUGGAGGGUUUUGGUGAGGAUCAAUUCUAUGACACGCGUGAGGAACUGUGUUCUGUGUCUGAUUUGGGUUCAGAUUGUUCAGGGUCAGCUGAUGAAUCUAGUUCUGGUAAUGGAUAUGUUACCAGGUACCAGGUUUGGACAAACAACCUUGAAAGCGUUCACCAGCGACGCCUCAAUUUCCUGAGAUGGAUGGGUUUUGAAUCUGAUGUGAAUUCAAUGAAAGGGGAAGAGUUGGCAGAUCCGUGUUAUGGAGUUGACCGAGUCACAGCCACCAGUGGGGCUGUGCUGAGAACUUCAGACCAGAUUGUUUUGUCAGCUGAGGAUUCGAGCUCGUUGGGAAACCGCGGUGAUGCGGCUAAUUUGGAUUGUAUGAUAAAGAAUUUGGAUGAUGGAACACAGUAUGUUGUGGAUAAACUGGGUCAAGAUGGGACGCUUAGUACCCUGCGUGUUCUCGGGUCGAAUCAAUUGAUCAGCUUGGAAGAUUUUCAGAGAGAUAUUGGACCGUCGCAAAUGGUUCGCAGACACUUGCAGAGAGAUGCUGAAAACACAAAACACUUGGGUGUUGCACAAAAGAAAAUGAAGAAGGGAUGGCUGAGGAAACUAGAUGCUAUGGCUUGUAUGUUCCAUCAUCAAGGGCUUGAUGAACCUUACUGCAAAGACUUUGAUUCAGUUGAUAGAACUGGGAUGCAAAGAGUUCGAGCUCAUCCAUAUAAGAAGCAAUUUAAGGAGCUUUCCUCUCUUUACACUGAACAGGAGUUCAAAGCUCAUAAGGGUGUUAUUUUAACAAUGAAGUUCAGUCUUGAUGGAAAAUAUCUGGCUAGUGGUGGUGAAGAUGGCAUUGUGCGGGUGUGGAAGGUGGUUGAGAAUGAAAGAUCGAAUGAAUUGGACAUUCUGGACAAUGAUCGGUCAAAUGUAUAUUUCAAAAUGAAUAGUUUUUCAUGUGUAGCUCCCCUUCAUGUAGAUAAAGAGAAACUAGAUAAAACAGAGAAGUUGAAGAGAUCAUCUGAUUUAACUUGUGUGGUUAUCCCGCCAAAGACCUUCCGCAUAUCGGCGAAACCUUUGCAUGAAUUCCACGGACAUCGUGGUGACAUUUUAGACCUUUCAUGGUCCAAAAGAGGGCUUCUACUUUCAUCCUGUGUUGAUAAAACAGUGCGUUUAUGGCAAGUAGGAAUCGAUAAAUGUCUUAGAAUUUUCUCCCACAAUAAUUAUGUGACAUGUGUAAAUUUCAAUCCUGUCAAUGAUAAUUUUUUCAUCAGUGGUUCAAUUGAUGGAAAAGUGCGCAUCUGGGAAGUUGUUCGGUGUCGGGUUGUUGAUUACAUUGAUACCAGAGAGAUAGUCACAGCUGUGUGCUUCCAACCUGAUGGAAAGGGCACAAUUGUGGGUACAAUGCGAGGCAAUUGCCGUUUCUAUGAUCUUCGAGAUAAUCAUAUGCAAUUGGAUGCUCAAUUGGGUUUACAAGGAAAAAAGAAGACAUCAGGAAAAAGGAUCACUGGCUUUCAGUUUUCACCAAGUGAUCCAAGCAAAUUAUUGGUUGCUUCUGCUGACUCACAUGUCUGUAUACUUUCUGGAGUUGAUGUCAUCUACAAAUUCAAAGGCCUAAGAAGUGCUGGUCAGAUGCAAGCUUCCUUCACCUCUGAUGGGAAACAUAUUGUCUCAGUUAGUGAGGGUUCAAAUGUUAGUAUCUGGAACUACACUGGCCAUGACAGGAACAAUUCCAAAACAAAGAAGGUUUGGUCUUCUGAGAGUUUUGCAUCCCACAAUGCAGCAAUUGCUAUACCUUGGUGUGGCAUUGAGUCAAUGCCAGGAACAAUCUUGUCCCCAUCUCUGAAAGAGGAUAUGAAUCACAAGUUAUCUCUGUCUUCUCCUGACUGCUUCUUCUUGGGUCGCGGAUUUCUGUCGGAGUUAGUCCCGAAGGUUUCUCCAACCUGGCCUGAAGAGGCACUUGUGGAUUCACAUCAAACGGUUGCUUCUCCUAAAAUGUGUAAAUCAGAGUACAAGUUCUUGAGAAGUGCUUGCAAGGGAAUGUCUAAUUCUCACCUUUGGGGCCAAGUAAUUGUAACAGCAGGAAAGGAUGGACACAUAAGAGUGUACCAGAAUUACGGGUUACCUGUUCGUGUUUGAAACCCUGGUCCGGUUCAGUCUGUAUUUGGAUUUCUGUUGAACUCAACGCUACAAAAUCCUACUUCUCAUUUGUGCGUUGGGAUAUGUGAAAUCACAUCUGCACUGGUGCAAACGGAGAGACAAACAGAGUCUGCAUCGUUUGUAAGUGUAAUAAUAUAUAGCAGCUAGGGCAACUGAGGAUUGCCCUCACAAUCACAUAAUAUUCUUUAUACAAAGUCAAUAUCAAUUAUAUAAUUCUUUCCAUUUUUAAGGACUGUCAGUUUAGGGAAUGUAAGUUUCAGUUUUGCUGAUGGUCCUGGUCGAAAUGUAAUUCAUCAUGAUCAUGUGUAUAGUAUAUAGAAGAUUUUGUUCAAUUUUAAUUUAUACAGUAAUUUUUUGUUCA